AUGUCCGUCCUCCGCCAUGGAGGUUCUUACCUCCAAAGACGCCUCACUAAGAUGUAUACCGACACAAAGACUUCCUGUGAGAGCGUCACUACUGCCUCCAAGGCGAAUGACGAUCCCGAACUGGUGGCGCUGCAUCGCAAUUACCGGACCCAAAAAGAUAGGCUCCUCGCCUGGGGUCUAGAUUGGAGCGAUUCCAAUGCCGCGCAGCCGAACGAUAUCGAUGAAUCGCUUACGGAAGCGGGCUUCAGUGAUGUAGUUGCCAGCGUCAUGUCCUCCAUCCAGAAAAUUCUGAACGAAGCAGAGCGUCUGCAGCGCGUCGACCCGCCCAACCUCCCUCCAAAGGGUGGCUCCGGAGACCUUCCCUCCGAAGAUGAUCUCAGCAAUCUGCCGUUAAAGACGCACUGGACGGAAGAGGAUAUCAAGCGCUCAUACAGCCUGUUGGAGGAUCUGACCGCGUGCAUUGAUACCUUGUACGAUCUGUCGCGUUCCCGCCGUAACAUGAGCAUGAGCAUGUCUUCAAGUGAGCAGACAGCCGCCAAGGUCAAGUCACGUUCGCAGGCCAGUUCAAAGCCCUCGAAACCGACGGGUGACUCGUUCCGUUCGCUCUCUGUCGACUCCAAGUCUCCGUCAGCAGCUCGAGAGCUUUACGAGAGUCCGGUGGAGUGGAAGGGGAAGGAUCAUUCCGAAUUCACGACAUUCAAAGAAUCCGCUCAGGUUGAACGUUCUCAACAAGAAGCACCUUCCGCCGUGAAGCGUCUCUUUAUCGACCGAUCGGCUUUGCAACUCUCGGGGGAUUCUCACGAGAAAAGUCCCCCUCCCUAUGAGCAGGUGGUCCCGUCUGCGAAUUCGCGGAUCAUUGGUCGAAUUCAAACCUCGGCGACCCCAUUUCUGACGGGACUGACCAAGGAGUCGACGAUUCCAAUCUUGGUCGAAUUUACUCCGAUGAUUCUCGAAAGUCAGAAUUCCAUCACAGUCCCGGCCGCAGAGCGGCUAGAGAAACUGCAUCGAUCUCUCGACCAGUUGGUCGAGAACUCGAGAGUUUCGCAUCUUGGACUGUUACGGUUCCUGGGCUAUUACAUCGACAUGCCCAAUGCUCGCUAUGCCUUUGUCUACCAGAUGCCGAUUGAUUAUUUCCCUUUCUUGAGCAACCCGAGCAAUCUUCUGCAGGAGCUGAGGCCGAAAACCUUGGUUUCUCUCUUUCACUCAGGUGACGAGCACCAGGACAUCCCGGUGCCCAGUUUGGAAAGUCGAUUCCGCUUGGCCUACAAUCUGCUUCUGGCGGUGCUGCACUUGCGGAGCCAGAAUAUCGUUCACGGAAACAUCAAUAGUAGCAAUAUCCUCAUCUUUCCAGGGUUGAAAAAUUCUAGCCAAGACGAGAUCGGUAGCCUGACCGAGGAUCUCCGCCAUCCGUACCUUACUUCGCUUGCUCAAUUUUCUGGCAAUGAACCGUCACCGGAGCCGCUGUCGGCGAGCAUGUACCGUCAUCCGGACGAUAAGAGGCAGCUCGAUGAUGAAGCCGCGUGGGCCUAUGAUCUCUAUUCCCUUGGCUUAGUCCUGCUGGAGAUUGGCCUGUGGACCCCAAUCAGCCGAUUGUGGAAAAUGAAAUACAACAACGCCAUGUUCAAGCAGAGGAUUGAAAACGUCUACAUCAAGAAGCUGGCGUCCAAGUGCGGGAAUGCCUAUCUUCACGUCGUGCAGCUGUGCCUCGACGCUCCGAAUUUCUUCCUUUCGACGGAACCGAUGGCGGACCUGAGCCUGAGGGUACCCCAGGUUUACACUUAUCCAGCCCUGGAAUUGGCCGAACCGGACAGCACCUUUGCAUUCUCGACCAACUUCCUCUUCACUCUGUCCAAAAUCAUUUGGCGCUGCUGUGCGAUCGAUAUAUUUUCCCCGCCCCCGGCCGAAGAUCUAGAUGACUGCCUCCCUCUAGCUCUCGGACAAGACCUGGAGACGGCAGUUCCAUCUUCUUCUGACUUCCGUCAAGUUGAAACCCCCGAAAUGUCCGUUGGGCCAAAUGCGGAGACACUUGGUGGCGUGAGAUUGUUGAGUGAGAGAACCGCUGCGGGCGAGAAGAAAGUGAAGAAACGGACAUUGAAAAAGCUGACAAACGUUGAGAUACCGCAAGAACAUCUCAACCAGUGGAACUUCUACAUGUUGCCCAAGUUGAGCAAACUUUUACAGAAGGUCCUGCGAGAUUCGUCAGAGUCAUGCAGCGCCACUUUGAUGAUGACAGGCGAGACGGCCGACACCGCUAAGACGACGAUCUGUGUGACUUGUUCCAGUGUCAAGAAGGUUCGGGCGGCCCUCAAGAAGUAUUUCGAAAUCGAUCCAGACUGGGAUUUGAUUGUCCUUCGGGGUGAUGUCACCCGAUCCAAGGUACCCAAAAAGAGGCGACGGAAGCCACAGACGACGGGACCUGUCAACUCAAAUGAGCCUGCUUUUUCGCAGCAGCCUAAUUUAAAUCCAUAUUACCAGCAGAAACCCCUCUGUGGAGCAUCUAUUGGCGCCUUUCGGAACGAGGAACAUCUCCCUCCGGUUUCUUAUGGCGGAGCCAUCUUGGUUGAUGGCAUGCCAUUCGGCAUGACUGUGCACCAUAUGCUCGAAGCCCCGAGCGACGACGAGGGCGAGGUGGAGGACGAAGAUGGUGAUGGUGGGGAUUAUCCACCGCGCUCAUCUGCGAACUGGGCCGGAGACAUGGGAAUGUCAUCAGCAGAUUUUUCGUACACCUGGUGCGGCGAUGACAUUCCGGAAACGCACUAUGAGUUUGAGAUCACCGAUGAUGAGGAUGCCCAGUCGGUCUCGCAGGACUUGGGGGAUUAUUGGCUCUCCGACGACGAGUCCUCGGAUGAUGAGGGGUUCGAUCCGAACGACCCUUAUGACGAGGAUGCCGCUUCAAUCGGGGACACAGCGGGAAUCAGCCCGGACGAAGAACCACGAUUGAUCGUCACGCAGCCGGCGAUCGAUGACGUGCAUGAAGACUUCUUCCCUAUCCUCGAAGAUCGAGAUGACGAGCAUCUGGCUUCCCACAGGCUUGGAUACGUCCACGCGUCGUCAGGUCUCCGGCGCUGGAUGCGGAAAGGGAUGAAGCAUGAAAUCGAUUGGGCUCUCAUCCAGUUGGAUGAGGAUCGGAUGGAUCCUCGCAACGUCAUUCUCAGUGGUGCUUCUUCUUCUCGAAACGGCUCCAGACAGCGACGGGGAGAGCGCGGCACCAACGACGCACCGAUUCAACUCAAUAAAGUCGCCAGACUGGAGGAAUUAGGGGGCUUGAAAGUCCAUUGCUGUGGGCGGACCAGUGGCCUGCAGAGUGGGCAGAUUUCGAAAGCGAUGACCCUGGUGAAACUGCGUGGACGACAGACCUUCUCGACCAGUUUCUGUGUUGACGGCAACUUCGGAGGUAAGCCACCAAAGUCUUGGAUUAUUCAUUAUUUUGUUACUGAUCGGGGUCGAAUUGCAGUUCCUGGUGAUUCUGGGGCAUGGGUGUUCGACAAAUCAACUGGACGAGUGUGUGGGCAUGUCCUGGCGUGGUCUGAGAAAAGCCGGACGGCGUACAUUGCUCCGAUGCAGGUGCUUCUCGAAGACAUCGCGCGCACCUUGGGUGCGUCGAAAGUGACACUACCGGGAUGCCAGGACGACAGUGUCACGGCGGCCGCGGCACCCCCGACGUCAGUCGAAGCUUAUGAUGCAAGAAGACAGCGUCACGAGCUGCCGAUCAUGACGGAGCAGUUUCCCGUCGACAUUGGCAGGCUGAAUCUGGGGGGUCUGGAUGAACGGCCGGGACUGAGCAGAAUGGUAGGGAGUGGACGGGGGAUUCGAGACGUGUCUGCGCCUUACCGGCCAGAGUUGUUGUCGUCUUUCAACGAGGUUCUAUCCAGUACCUUUCUUCUUAUGAAAUACCGCGCCAACGCAGACGCCCUGCGCCUAGACCAGGACAUUAACAACUCGGGGCAAACGACGCUGGUGUUGUUCGCGACAGUCCAGCGCGCCAUCGAGCAGUAUCGCAUCUUCAUCGACCAGCAGGAGGAGGACCCGACCCGACCCGGCAGGGUAGGGCAUCCCCAUCAUGAUCCGGCCGGACAUGGACAACAUGCCCUGACCGGUCUGUCGGACGUCGAGCGCUACGCCGUGGCGAUCCACUGGGUCGGCGCAGGCGCCAAUCUCCUCACGGGCUCGGACCUGACGCAGCUCGACACGCUGGGCCAGGAGCUCCUCUACGACCCGGAGGAGGUGCUCGCCAUCGCCGACUUCACGGCAACUUACCCCAUGCAGCCCAAGAAUCCGUUCAACGCCGCCAACCCGGGCGCGCAGGCCUCGUCGAAGCUGCAGGCGUGGAUCGCAGGACCAGACACGACCAACAACCAGAAGAACGCCGUCGUCGUGCUGGCCAACUACGGGCCCGACCAGGGCCUUUGCAAAGGCGGGUUUGGCACCAGCCUGGAGGGCGUGCAGCUGGUCAACAUCUCCCUGGCAGAUCUGGGCAUCGCGGAGGGCCAGCCCAAUGGCGCUCCUGGAUGGAAUGUGCGCCGAGUCUUGGGAGGAGGCGCUCGGGGGGGAUCAGACCAUGCGGAUCUGGGAGUCACCAGCACAUUUAUGGAGUGCAAUCUAGGGCUGGGGGAGAGUGCGCUGUACAAGCUGACAGCCAGCGGCGGCGGCAGUAGCAGCAGCAGAAGCAGUUAA